AACUGGAUGUCUCCUGUGGGCAUUCAUUAAAAAACGAUUUAGCAUUUCGGUAGGAUUUUUUUGUAAGACAACGAUUCGUAAUUGAUAACAUGCUAUGAAGUACCACGCGAAGACAUUCCAACGACCUCAGCAUUAAAGUUAAGCGACGGAGCCCUGGCAGGCGCGAGGCGUGUUCCUCUCAGAGCAGCGGGAUUGUCACACGCAGCUUCUCUCACACUCCCGUCGAGUUCACGGAGCGUGAUAGAACCGUCACCCGCUCAUCCCGCUCCGAAACCAGCAAAUAACCGUCCUGAGCCACAGUGGAGUCUGACUGAGAACUACCGCCUGCCGCCGGCGUCUACAGCAGCCGAGGGCGAAUGACUGUAGAGGCAGUUUAGUCUCGGAGCGCUCAACAGGGUGCUGAGAGAGAAGAACCGGACCGGGCGGAACCAGCCGAGACACCGACGCUGACACACACAUCCAUCACACCGAAGAAACCAAAUGAAGGAGAAGAAUUUAAUCGAAACGGCCAAAAUGCAGGGAAAUGUGCUGGAGCUGGUGGGAAGUAACCCUCCGCAGAGGAACUGGAAGGGAAUAGCGAUUGCACUGCUUGUUAUUCUGGUCAUUUGCUCUCUGAUCGUCACCUCUGUCAUUCUGCUGACUCCAGGUGAGGACGAUAGCCUGGCCUUUAAGGGGAAAGUUACAGUGGAAGAAAUCUUCAAGAAAGACUUCAAAGUUCACGACCCAAACGCUAAGUGGAUCAGCAGUAAUGAGCUCCUCUAUCGUACCCGUGAAGGUGAUGUGGUCCGCUUUAACAUGGAGACCAAUGAGAGUACAAUCCUGGUCACAAAUAGGAAAUUCGAAAUGUAUAAAGCCAGCAAAUAUGAAGUUUCCCCGGAUAUGAAACUCGUUCUGCUGGCCUACAACGUGCAGCUGGUUUACGAGCACUCCUUCACUGCGGACUACAUCAUUUGCAGUCUGGAAACUCCAGAAACGUGGAUCCUGAACCCUCCAGAAGUGCGAAACGCUCAUCUGCAGUACGCUGGAUGGGGGCCUCGGGGCCAGCAGCUGAUUUUUAUAUUUGAGAAUAACAUCUACUAUCGGGCCACUGUGGAGAACAGAUCCAUCCGUCUUGUUUCCACUGGGAAGGAGGGCGUGAUAUUCAACGGCCUGAGCGACUGGCUCUAUGAAGCGGAGAUCUUUAAGUCUCACAUCGCACACUGGUGGUCUCCGGAUGGGGCCAGGCUUGCGUAUGCGACCAUCAACGACACGCUGGUGCCCAAAAUGGAGAUCCCCAUGUUCACCGGCUCCGUCUACCCUACGGCAAGACAAUACCAUUACCCCAAGGCAGGAGAGGAAAACCCCAUCAUCUCUCUUUAUGUGGUGAAUCUCAAUGGCCCUUUGCACACCGUUGAAAUGAGAAGACCGGAGGACCAAAGAAUAGGCGAGUACUAUGUGACGAUGGUGAAGUGGGCCACAAGCACAAAACUGGCUGUAAAUUGGUUGAACCGAGCCCAGAAUAUCUCCAUCCUGACCCUCUGUGUGGCCACAACAGGUGUCUGUACCAAGAAACAUGAGGAUGAAAGUGAGGGGUGGCUGCACAGACAGAAUGAAGAGCCGUUGUUCUCUAAAGACGGUCUGAAGCUGUUCUUCACCAGAGCAAUCCCACAGGGAGGAAGGGGGAAGUUCUUCCACAUCUCCAUGUCCAUUUCACAGCCCAACAGCAGCACAGAUACUCUGCAGUCCAUCACAUCAGGAGACUGGGACGUCACGCAAGUUCUUUCAUAUGAUGAGGACAGCCAGUUAAUAUAUUUCCUCAGCACUGAGGAUGACCCUAAAAGAAGACAUCUCUACAGCGCGGACACGGUGGGCACCUUCAACCGCCGCUGUCUGUCCUGUGAUUUCACUGACAGCUGCGGGUACGUCAGUGGCGUCUUCAGUCCCAGCAUGGACUAUUUUCUGCUCAGUUGUAAAGGUCCCGAUGUUCCGUACGUGACGGUUUACAGCACUCAUGACAGACAGAAGGUGCGUGACAUCGAGCUGAAUCUGAACUUGAGGAGAACGGUGAACUCGAUGCAGAUGCCGAAAGUGGAAUACAGAGAGAUAAACAUAGAGGAUUACAGCCUCAGCAUGCAGAUCCUGAAACCCGCAGGCUUCAUAGACACCUUGCACUAUCCACUUCUGCUCCUUGUAGAUGGGACUCCAGGCAGUCAGGCGGUCUCAGAGCAGUUCCACAUUGACUGGGCAUCAGUGCUGGUCAGCAGUUUUGGGGUGAUUGCAGUGCGCUUCGAUGGCCGAGGAAGUGGCUUUCAGGGGACUAACUUACUCCAUAAGGUGCAGCGCAGGCUGGGAAUGUUCGAGGAGAAAGACCAGCUGGAUGCCCUCAGUAUUUUGUUACAGGAGCCGUAUAUUGACAAGACCAGAAUUGGAGCUUUUGGGCAGGUGUAUGGAGGUUACGUCACCAGCCUUCUGCUCAGCUCUGAGGACUCUGUGCUCAAGUGUGCUGCCGUGCUCUCACCAAUCACAGACUUCACAUUAUAUGCUUCAGCUUUCUCAGAGAGAUAUCUAGGCCCUCCCAAGCCAGAUCGGAGGGCAUACGAGAUGGCCAACCUUGCAUACAGAGCGUCUCAGUUCAUCGAUAAGAAGUUUUUAAUCAUUCAUCCGACAGCAGAUGAAAAAGUUCAUUUUCAGCACACAGCCAAAUUCAUCUCCAGGCUAAUCAGCGAGAGAGCAAAUUACACUCUGCAGAUCUACCCAGACGAAGGUCACUUCAUUCACAACGAGGGAACGCGGCAGCACCUCAGUCAAUCGCUGGUCAACUUCUUCGAGGAGUGUUUCCGGCUCCCGGACCGAGUGUUCGAGGAGGCGCUAGAGGAGGAGAGCGAAGAAGAGGGUUAGUCCGCCCCGUUCCACGACGUCCAAGCACAAAGCCAGCUCCUUUUGCCACCUGAUAUGCAACCCAUAGAUUUGAACCCUCCAGUUUUCAGUUUCCUCCCGGUGUCGCAUGCUGACUCUGAGACCGCCCUGCCUCGUGUUCCUGCCUCGGCUCCCCUUCAGGUGCUCCUCACUACACAUCAACCCUCGACAGACCGCAGCCGUGCAGCGCGGCGUGGCAUCUGGCUGGCGCCACAUCGUCUCGCUCUCCCCUGCAGGCCAGUUAUGAGCUUCUGAAGGUGUUAAGAGUCUCCGGUCUGUCCAUCACGUUGACGAACGAGACGCUGCGAUAUUAACUGACCGCCGAGCGCGAUGGCCUUCGAAACCCUAAGAGCUGUGGGACUCGCAGCUAGACUGAGGGGUCGUUUCUGUGUUUGAUUCAAAUCGGCAUUUGGUGUUUUGGGCAAAGGGGGGUUGUUGUCGGGAGAACGUGUCAUUUGUGGUUCAAAAGGUCUUCUCAUGUCCAAUUGUGCUCGUGUCUGGUGUCGCAAUGUAAAGUCGCACAUGAAUACCAUUCACUUGGAUAUCGAUAAAACUUGUUUUCAGUGUUCAAGCGUGUCCGAGUCUUGGAAAUCUUGUAGCCUCAAGUGUGUAUUUAGAUGGUGUUUAUUCAUUGCAGAAACUUCAUCAAGCAGAAGGGGAGCAAAAACGAUUCUCAUUAUUCUCACAGACCAUGACAGUUGUACAAGACUGUUGAUCCCACUUCUCAGCGUGCGUUUCCUUGAAGUAAUGGUCUGUCAGUGCCGAAGAAAGCACUCUGUUGAUUUAGUCACUGUGCCUUAUUACGGGGGGCGAGCAAUCGUUUUGGAGGAGCCUCCUUGUGAAUAUCACCACUCAUUCAAGGCUUAUGUUGGAUUGACUAAAAUCCGUUAUCUAAAACGCUCUUGUUACAUUGUCGAUGACAUCAAGGUAUACACUAUCAACUGUAAUAGCAUUGCGAAAACACUGUUAUUUUCGUUUGCGCGCUUGUGAGCCAGUGUUGUUUUAGCAUCAACGGAAACAAACUCGCUCGCAUUCUGCUAAUAGCGGUUUUCCAUCCACUUUAAGGAUCGAGUAAUGGAGCAUGAAAUUAAAAUGUAUGAUUUCAACAUUACCUCAGUAUUAAACUAAAGCCCCUCUGAGGCUUUACAGACACUUUGUAGAACAUUUGUUAAUUCAUGCCCAAAACAAAUCUGUACAUAAAAAGUAUAUUAAGUAGGGUAGGAAACAUUUCUGUGUUAAAGGGAUAGUUCACCCAAAAACGGCAGUUCUGACAUUGACUCAAACCUUGUGGAGUUCCGAACCUUCUUUUGGAGAAGAAAGAGGUGUUUAGCGCAAUGCUCGUGCUGUUCUUUUCAAUGCAAAGAACGUCAGAGGAGUUGUCGAUGAAACAAGUCUUCAGUGUUUCAUAGACGUACAGUAGGUGAGGUUGAGUAAAUGGUAACAGAAUACGGUCCCUUUAACGCUCAUUAAAUACAGUACUGUGCAAAUUUUUCAUAUUAGUGGAAUUUUUGUUAUUUAAGUCAUAUAUGCUAUGUUUGUAUGUUUUGCACAGUGCUGUAUAAGAAGGUAUUGGUUAUAAAAGCUCUUGAGGAUGAACUUUUAUUUUGUCUGAAUGAAAUGUUCACGUUUGAUCUUGACGCAUUCAUACUGCAUGUCGAAAAACCAUUUGCAACUCAAAAGCUAUUUUUUAAAAACCUGCAAAUAUCUGCAUAGUAUUUUUGACGGCUUGAAUGUUCCGACCUGCAUUCCAUUUCCGGUAGUUUUGUGAGUGAGAUCUCAGUCUUGUCUGCUUGAUGUAUAAAUGUUACUCAAAUCUCAUGUCUCUGAAUAUGUGAGUGUUUCUUGUACAUAAAGCAUUUGAAGGUAUUUUGUUCUCCCAUGUCGAGCAGAGCUCCGGAAGUCUGAAAUGAGCAAUGAAAAAUCACUUGGGACCAAGAGAACGAUGGGAUUGCUGUUUACUGACUCAGCAAGAACUGGCAUAUUGUGGCACCUCUCAGAAUACAAACUAUUUUAUCAUCACCUUUGUUAUGGUUUGUUUUCCUUACUUGGAGAAAAGAGGAUGAAUAUGUAAGUAACCAAAAUAAACUGAAAGCCUUCAA